AUGUCUGUGGCUCAGCCCAGAAUUCGUGAUGCGCUUGUGGCGCACGAGAAGUCAAAUGCUCUGGAAGAGCUGGGACAUGUGCAUUCAUCGAAUUCCUCGCCAGUUUUUUCGGAAUCUGACCCUCCAGAUGGCGGAUUUUGGGCAUGGGCAACUGCUUUCGGGUGUUUUUUGAUACAGUUUUGUGGUUUUGGAUACGUAUCGUCUUUUGGAGUGUAUCAAGAUUUUUACACGCGAAUUUACCUGGCCAACCAACCACCAUCUGCAAUAUCGUGGAUUGGUGCAUUGACCUCGUUCCUGGCAGAUAAUGUCACCUUGAUCUCAGGACCGCUGUACGACAGAGGAUGGUUUUACCAAUUGAUGAUUGUGGGGUCGGCCCUCCAAUCACUAUCCUUGUUCGCUCUGUCCUUUGCAAAGCCUGGCCAGUUUUACUUGAUUUUGAUGGUUCAAGGUGUCUUUUCUGGGUUUGGGAUGGGCCUAACGUAUGGUCCCUGCAUGGCAGUCAUCUCUCAGCACUUCUCCAAAAGACGCACGUUGGUAAUGUCUCUCGUCGCAGUCCGGUUCACCAAUGGGUGCCGUUAUUCAUCCGAUCAUGCUG